AUGGCGCCUUGCGUCACUUCACCUCCCACACCCGCAAUGAAUGAAGCUUUGGCAAUGGUCGACAUCCUUGGGGUCAUCUUCGAAGCCUGCCUCGCCUUCGAUAUUUCCAUCACAUGGCAGAACGACGUUCGGCAAAAAAUGGCUCUUGGGGCGGUGUGCAGAUGUUGGAAACUCGCCUUGGAGUCUAUUCCCGCCUUGUGGUCACACAUCAUUCUGGUCCCGAGAAUGCCUCUGUAUUACAUCGACAAGGUCUUUUGGCUUGCUAAAGCAACUCCGAAACAUUUGAGCAUCGAACUCGACCUCGACUCGGGGAGGGACAUCACGUUCUUGUCUCACAUUGCCGCUCUGCUGGUUGCCAAAGCGUCAUCGGUUGCCUAUCUCUCCCUCCAAUAUUGGUCCUAUUUCGUCUGGGGUGCAUUUAUCCGCUACAUAUCGGCACUGAACCCUCGACCAACCUUUUCCUCACUCAGAAAGUUCUCCGCCACCCCAGCCGAUACCUCGAUCGACUCUGCCACAACACUCCCUCGUCCCUUUCCGGGUCUUGCUCAAUCAUUGGAGCACCUCCAUCUCGACGGACUACCUCCUUGCUCGUUUAUGGCCGGCUUCAACAUUAAAACAUUGGUCUUCAGACACUAUAAUCUCGUUUCCAACCGCGUGGCUUCCUCCGCUUUUACUCCCACCUUACUGGACUGUUUUCGUCAACUUCCCCGCCUUGAAAGCCUCGCUAUCGAUGUCACUGAGCCUUUCAUUGCCCAGUCUCCUUCCUACCAUCCAGUUGUUCUUCCCCGUCUGAACUACUUGGCUUUUUGCUGUGAUACACCGUAUCCCCACGCUUGCGGUACCCUGAUCUCCCUCCUCCAUGUCCCACAAAUCCGGACCCUCGCAUUGCGUCUCGCCAGUCUGUCUAAUACGAAUGACUUUCUUUCCAUAAACGCAACUCGAAUCUCUCAAGUGACUACGUUACGUCUAAUCGGGGCUAUUUCUGCUUAUAUCGAGUUUACCGGCGGUCGAGCAAGGCUUUUGUCUGGGUUGACGGGCAACAAACUCCGAAUCCUAGAUUUUCUCGAUGCGAGUGGCACGCUUGAGUUCGAUCCGGGACGGAAGGUCCUUGUUCAAACACGAUUCCUUGAUAUCAUUGCGCAUGCACUCGCCCUUCCGACUGUUCAUCACCUGGUUGUACCGCUGUUACUUUCACCCAUAUACCCAGACUCGCAUGCGAGCUUGAUCAGGUCCCUUUUCGAGCCCGUUUCCAUUCACGGCAAAGGGAAACAUAUUUUCGAGAACCACGCUCUGUGUCAUGUUUCGGACAGUGUUCAUUCGAAUUGCGGUCGCCACUGGACCUGGGACUAUCAUGGACUCCACUGGGAAAGAUACAAAAGCUAG